AUGGCCCCCAAACUCAUCAUCUUCGACUUCGAUGGAACUCUCUUUGACUCCCUAUCGGCAAUUACCACCUCCGUUCAACUGACCUUCAACGCCCUCCUCCCCUCCUACACCCCAACACCAUCCGAUAUCCACCGGUUGGUCUCCAGAGGCGCACCACCAGAAAUCACUUUCAUGGCCCUGCAACCCCAGUCUCCAGUAUCCGUUGAUGGAGUGGACGCCUUUGACGAAGAGACCUGGGUUCGCACAUACCGCCAAAUAUAUUCUGUCCACGGCCACCCACUAACGAAGCCGUAUCCCGGCGCUAAAGAGGUCCUGCUCUCGCUGCGGGAAAAAGGGAUUCCGCUUGCAAUCAUCAGUAAUAAGGCCGUUGCUGCUGUGAAAAGCGCGCUGGAGAGCCAUGGUCUUGGCGGGAUCAUCAAUGAAGAGCUGAUUAUCGGUGAGCCGAUGUUUGCGAGUGGGAAGAGAAAGCCGCAUCCGGAGGGGUUCACGGAGGUGUUGCUCCCUAGGCUGAAAAGUGUGUAUGGGACUGUGGGGUAUGACGAGGGAGAGGUGCUUAUGGUUGGGGAUACGAUCACGGAUAUCCUCUUUGCGAAGAAUAUCGGCGCAAAGGCUUGCUGGUGCCGGUUUGGGCAGGGCAACCGGGAGGAGUGUGAGAAGGAGAGUCCGGAGUCUGGGAUUGAUGAGUUGAUAGACGUCCUUGGGGUUGUCGAUGAGCUGUGACGGGCAUUGUAUAGAUUUGACCAUAUAUCCGUAUAUACAGGCCUAGAGGCAUAGAUUAUGACGUAGACUUGCGAUAAAGACAUAUAAUCCGCCUUAGCUAGGAUAAUAACAUGGAUAGGACUA